UGGUUCCGGGGCAGCGGGGCGGCCGCGAGUCCUUCCUGCGGGCGGGGAGGGGCGGAGGCGGCCCGGCCCUAGCCCCGGCCCCGGCCCCGGCCCGGCGGGCAGCCCCCCGCCGCCGGCCCGCCGCAGCAUGUGAGCCCCGGCGGGGCGGGGAUGCUCUGGCUGCUCUGCGGCCCCUCCAGCGCCAUGGAGAGCCAGGUGCUGGUCAUCCGCAUCAAGAUCCCCGACGGCGGGGCCGUGGACUGGACCGUCCACUCGGCGCCUCAGCUGCUCUUCAGGGACGUGCUGGAUGUCAUCGGUCAAGUUUUGCCGGAUGCAACGACAACAGCGUUUGAGUAUGAAGAUGAGGACGGUGAUCGGAUUACUGUCAGAAGUGACGAAGAAAUGAAAGCCAUGCUAUCCUAUUAUUACUCCACUGUAAUGGAACAGCAAGUAAAUGGACAGUUAAUAGAGCCUCUGCAGAUAUAUCCAAGAGCCUGCAAGCCUCCUGGGAAACGGAACAUACAUGGCCUGAAGGUAAAUACGCGAGCGGGGUCUGCUAAUAAUAGCAGUUCGGCAGUCUCGGAUUCCCUUCCAAGCAAUAGCUUGAAAAAGUCUUCUGCGGAGCUGAAGAAAAUACUUGCAAAUGGCCAGAUGAAUGAACAAGACAUACGGUAUCGAGACAUCCUCGGUCAUGGCAAUGGAGGCACAGUCUACAAGGCGUUUCAUGUCCCUAGUGGAAAAAUACUAGCCGUAAAGGUCAUACCCUUAGAUAUAACACUGGAGCUCCAGAAACAGAUUAUGUCAGAGUUAGAAAUUCUUUAUAAGUGUGACUCCUCAUAUAUCAUAGGAUUUUAUGGUGCAUUUUUUGUCGAAAACAGAAUUUCAUUGUGUACAGAGUUCAUGGAUGGGGGAUCUUUGGAUGUUUAUAGAAAAAUUCCAGAACACGUACUAGGAAGAAUAGCAGUAGCUGUUGUGAAAGGCCUUACUUAUUUAUGGAGUCUAAAGAUUUUACACAGAGACGUGAAGCCGUCGAAUAUGCUGGUGAACACGCGGGGGCAGGUGAAGCUGUGUGACUUCGGGGUGAGCACCCAGCUGGUGAAUUCUAUAGCCAAGACGUAUGUUGGAACAAAUGCUUAUAUGGCGCCUGAGCGGAUUUCAGGAGAGCAGUAUGGGAUUCAUUCGGACGUUUGGAGUUUAGGGAUUUCCUUCAUGGAGCUUGCUCUUGGGAGGUUUCCAUAUCCUCAGGGCACGAAAACCGGGCUGGUGGGGACGGGAAAGGCAGAGCCGGGUGAACAGGAAGAUAAAACAUUUUAUAUUCAGAAAAACCAGGGAUCUUUAAUGCCUCUCCAGUUAUUGCAGUGCAUUGUUGAUGAGGAAUCGCCCGUCCUUCCAGUCGGGGAGUUCUCUGAGCCAUUUGUACACUUCAUCACUCAAUGCAUGAAAAAGCAACCAAAGGAAAGACCAGCUCCCGAAGAUUUAAUGGGCCACCCGUUCAUCAUGCAGUACAACGACGGGAACGCAGAAGUGGUGUCCAUGUGGGUGUGCAGGAUGCUGGAGGAGCGGCGAUCGACGCAAGGACCGCAGUGAGCUGGGCGGCUCACGGCAGCGCGCACGACAGCCGCUCGUCGGGGACUAGCACAGCCCAUCCCUCGCUUCGGACUCUCAGUCUUUCUGGAUCAUAUUUUGCUAAAAAUAUUUUCUAGAAGCAUCAACGAAAUCUGUCAGGAUGUUUGUUGAUGCCUCCCUCCCUCCCAUACACACACGUUAAGGAAUUUCCUUCACACAUUUCUUUUAUUGCUGAGCAAUUUAAUGUCCUCAAAUUAAUCUUCAGUUAAACUGUACACAGCCUUAAAGCAAGUAUUUUUAUCUAUAUUUUUUGUUAUUGAAUGUACUGUAUAUUUCAUGGCUCCAGAGUAUUUUUUAACUGUUAGUCUUUUGCUAUUGGAAGAGCGACACGCUGACUGUUUGGAGGACUUGCCGAGGAGUUGUUGGCUGUCUCCUGAGCGCAGACAUCCACAAAAUGCUUGUUUGAGAUUGUUUUGUUUUUUAAGGA